GUCAAAAAUAUUUUGAUAGCUAAAAUACACAGUUUGAUCUGCUGGCUUUGUAAGAUACAUUUGUACAAAAGAUAGACCAAAUAUAUUUUGUGCCAAUUGGAAGAUAAAUAGAAAACGAGGAAACAUGUCGCGCAAACUUAACUCUGAACUAGUUAGUGUAAGCCCCAAAAAGAUGAUCUUCUACGCGCCCUAUGAUCGCACUCAGAGACGUUUAAUAUCCAUAAUAAAUCCCACCGCAAAACGGUUGCUAUACAAGAUACGCUCAAAUGCCCCAUGGAAAUACAGUGCUAGUCCAAACUGCGGCUUUAUUGAGCCCUAUGACAUCAGCGAAAUAAAUGUCAGCUUAAAUUAUUUUGAUUUCCAUGAAGAUCAAGAAUACUGUCAUCGCUUCUGUGUCCAAUGCAUUCAAUCACCGCCAAUGCAUCAGCUUCAAAACCAAUCGAUUCUGUGCAUCUUUAAGCAAACAGGUCGCUCAAUGAUACAUAAUGUGCGCGUGCCCGUCGAGCUUCAGCCUGAACCCUUACGCAUACCUCAGCAGGAACUGGACACCCUAUUGCCCUACGAUGUUCAAAAGUUGCUGUGGAACCUGCGUCCCCUUGGCAACGAUUAUAUGGAUAACUUGAAACAGGUGACUAUGCUGAAGAGUCAAAAGAAACGCUGUGGCUGGGCACGCCUCCUGAUGACAUCGCUCAUAAUAAUAUCUGGACUGACGGGGGUAAUUUACUCUUUUUAGCAUAUGUGCAUCGCCAACAAUUUAAGGAAACCUUGCAGUUACAUCUAAAAAUGAACAAUCUGCAGUGUUAGGUGAUAUUUGGCAAUUGACCAAAAGGAUUGCCCACGCGGCAGACAGCUAUCCGGAGGGUACGUCGGCAGCUACUUACACUUUGAUUCACCUUUAAAUGUUUACAAUAUCCCCACUAAUAAAUCAAUAAACAACUAUUUCAGCAUGUUCAAGCCUUAAA